AUGACCGCAGCAGAUGUGAAUUUGAUUGAAAUUGUAGAACCAUUGGAUGUAGAGGAUAUAUUGUCACAACGAAAAAACAGCUCCACAAUUUAUGAGCACUCUGCAAGUAACAGUAAUUUAAGAAGGGUUGCUGAAUUCCCGGUUGAUGAUGUUGAAGUGCGCCUUGUACAUCGCGAUCAGCAAACUGUUGAGUCGCCAGUUCCAGCAAAUCUUUCAAGUUGCAGCGUUGAUCCGGUGGUACGUGAUAUGAUACGAACGUACAGUGAUGACUUCUCGUUGGUGCACAGGAAAUAUCAGCAAUAUUCAAGCGGCGAUGCCUACGUACGUUUACUCACGGAAAGACCGAUUAUCGCCCAAACGGCACAAAAACAAAUCUACGAAGUGGAUUCCGAACGAACGGUCGGGAGAAGUGUUAGUACGGCUGGCGAGGAACAGAUGAUGUAUGUUUAUGUAAAAAUUAAGAGCUAA